AUGACUCUGGAGUCCAUGAUGGCUUGCUGCCUGAGCGAAGAGGCAAAGGAAUCGAAGCGAAUCAAUGCAGAAAUUGACAAACAACUCCGCCGAGACAAACGAGACUCCCGGAGAGAGCUGAAAUUACUUCUUCUGGGUACAGGAGAAAGUGGCAAAAGCACCUUCAUCAAGCAGAUGAGAAUCAUUCAUGGAGCAGGCUACUCCGACGAAGAUAAGAGGGGCUUCAUCAGGCUCGUGUACCAAAACAUCUUCACCUCCAUGCAGGCCAUGAUCCGCGCAACUGAGACUCUUAAGAUCCCCUACAAAUAUGAACAGAACCGGUCUAACGCUAUGCUUGUGAAAGAGGUGGACAUUGAGAAGAUCUCCGGCUUUGACCAGCCCUACAUCGUAGCUAUCAAAAGUUUGUGGGCUGACCCAGGAAUCCAGGAGGCUUAUGACCGCCGCCGAGAGUACCAGCUGUCUGACUCAACUAAAUAUUACCUUUCGGAUCUGGAUCGAAUUGCAGAUCCCAACUAUCUUCCUACUCAGCAGGAUGUGCUGAGGGUGCGCAUCCCCACGACAGGAAUCAUAGAAUACCCCUUCGACUUGCAGAGCAUCAUUUUCAGAAUGGUGGAUGUUGGGGGUCAGAGGUCAGAGAGGAGGAAGUGGAUUCACUGCUUUGAGAACGUCACUUCCAUUAUGUUUCUCGUGGCUCUGAGUGAGUACGACCAGGUCCUGGUGGAGUCAGACAACGAGAACCGCAUGGAGGAGAGUAAAGCUUUAUUCAGGACUAUCAUUACCUACCCCUGGUUCCAGAACUCCUCCGUCAUCCUCUUCCUCAACAAGAAGGAUCUGCUUGAGGAGAAGAUCUCCUACUCGCACCUGGUUGAUUAUUUCCCGGAGUUUGAUGGUCCGCAGAGAGAUGCACAGGCAGCGCGGGAGUUCAUCCUCAAGAUGUUUGUGGACUUAAAUCCCGAUAGCGACAAGAUCAUCUACUCCCACUUCACGUGUGCCACGGACACUGAGAACAUCCGCUUUGUAUUCGCAGCUGUCAAAGACACCAUCCUACAGCUGAACCUCAAAGAGUACAACCUGGUGUGAGGGCUCACAUAACAAUGCACAUCUAUCUUCAUUGCACAAAACACGCCUCUUUUGGGCGUCACGCUCUUUCAAUUCCACAUGCAUCACACAGCAACAGACCACCCCAACGCACAUACACACAAACAGAACCCUUUCCCUGUUUUUGUUGUUUGUUUUUUUUCAGCACAUUCACAGAUCCCUGCAAAGCCCACCUCCCUCCCUCUUUCACCAAAGCUUGCCCUCUUUCUACUUCACUCGGCAGCUUGUUGUGUCAGAGUCCUCGCUCCUCCUGAAGCCGGUCCUUGUGUCAGGUUUUGCCACUCGGCCUUCCAGCUCUGGCAAUUUUCACCUGACACACAAACUUUUCAUGUAGGCUGUUUAGUGACUGAAGGGGACUGUAGUGAGUCUGUGUGUGUGUGUGUGUGUGUGCGUGUGUGCGUGUGUGUGUGUGUGCGUGCGUGUGUGUGUGUGUGUGCGUGUGUGCGUGUG